AUGGAUGACAAGUGUCAUUUCUGCGCACUAGACAACUCGAAGGAGCUCGACCGCCUUAGGAAAGAGCAGGAAGAUGUUUUGUCUGAUAUUAAUAAGCUUCAUAAGAAGCUCCAAACCAACCCAGAAGUAGUUGAGAAGCCUGGGGACACAUCUUUAUCGAAGCUUAAGCAUUUGUACACCAAUGCUAAGGAACUGGCUGAAACUGAAGUGAGAGUAUCAGGUAUUUUAAUAAAUCAGCUGGAUAGUUUGCUCCCUCCUGGGCAGCAACGAAGAAGAGUAGAAGGUAAUGAGCAAAAGAAGAAACAGAAGAAAAAUGAUUCUGAUAUCCCAAGGGUCUCUCCUUCCAUGAGAAACCAACUUGAUAACUUUGCUAGUUUGAAAGGUGAACAGGUAGCAGCUAGGGUUACAACAGAUGAAACAGAGAAGGAUGAGUAUAUUGUGGUGAAAGUGAUGCAUUAUGACAGGGAAACAAAAGAAUUUGAAGUGCUUGACGAGGAACCUGGUGACGAUGAAGAGGGUGGUGGGCAAAGAAAAUAUAAGCUUCCUGCAUCACAUAUCAUACCUUUCCCCAAACGGAAUGAUCCUUCUACUGCCCUGGACUUCCCUCCUGGCAGAGCAGUUUUGGCUGUGUAUCCUGGUACAACAGCAUUGUACAAAGCAACCGUAGUGAAUCCAAAUCGCAAGAGGAAGACCGAUGAUUAUCUCCUUGAGUUUGAUGAUGAUGAAAGUGAAGAUGGAUCCAUGCCAAAAAGAACAGUACCAUUUCAUAACGUGGUUGCCUUGCCAGAAGGACACCGACAAUGAUUAUUAUUCGCUCCUUUUUAUUGAAUAUUAUAACUAUUCAAACGAAUAAGGCAAUGUUUGGGUUUAUUCCUGGAGUGUCUUGAGGUAGCAGAAAGGGCAUGGCCUGCCUAUUAUGAUGCUGUCUUUUUUUUUUUUUUUUUUUUUUUUUUGACGGAUAUUAUGUUGCUGUCUUGAAGCUAUGGUUGUGAAGAAGGUGAAACAUCUAGAUUUUCGUGCAUUAGAGUGGUUACAACAUAAAAUUUUACACAGAUUGGAGCGUUGCAUGAGGAACUUCCUUUCUUUCACUUUGUGUUUCAUACUAAAAUUGUGGUAUUAGCAUUCACUGUCAAACAUUCAGGAGCUAGAGUCAGAAAUUUCUUCUCAAAUCCUUGUUUUGCAUAGGUGAUUGCAUAGGCUGUCCAGUUUGCUUUUAGAAUUUAAUUAGCUGAUUUGGAAUUCUGGACAUAGAAUUUUUGAGCACAUUGGGGACAGCCGGACCAAUGUUUCAUAAUUGCAUCAUGGUGAUGGAUAUGGGAAGGCCUAGGGAUGUGAUUUAUAGGCUCAUGCUCUUCGUUUUGACUUUUGAGGGUGUUGAACAGCUUUUGAUUUUGGACCUUGGAAGCAUAAAGGAAAGUGGAACUCUUGUAUAGUUGUAUAUAUCUUAUCUAUCUGAGGUUGUUUCAUUUUGUAUAUUUGGGUUCAUAGUUGGGUAUAUGCUGGGAGAAAUUUGUCCUUGUACUCUUGUAGACCUAUAUGCAUUUACUUUGCCUGUAUAAUUGCACCGUGUUCCUUGUGGAAUGAUUUAGACUCUAGAGUAUCCCGACUCUGGGAAACUUGCUAUAUAGACCAAGGUAAUGACAAUUAUAUUGUUUUGUUCUUUA